AUGAAAGGAAGACGAAGGAAAAGGACGACGAUCAAAGUCUAUGCGAAAUGUCUACGAUCGGACAUAGAAUACAAAACGUUGGGGAUAACUUAUCAGACGACAUGUCGGGAAGUUGUUUCAUCUCUUCUCAACAAAUACAGGAUGAGACACCGGGAUCCGAACCUGUUUUACCUGACGAUGGAAGUAACGGUGAGAAAAGCUGGACUGAAAACGGUUUUGGCUCUUGACGAAGAAGCUAGACCCGCUGCCCUGCAAUCGUGUCAUCCGAAAGGAGAUUCGAAAUUUUCGUUGCAAAUGAGGAGAGGGGGACUCGUUAAAAUAUACGACAGCGUUUUAAUGCCCAACUCUCACUACAAGAGUCUUUUAAUUGCCGAACGCACGACCGUGGAUGAAUUAAUAGCCAUUUUAUUAAAAUGCUACAAUUCUCAGGAGAGAGUCGAACAAUUUUCACUCUACGAAGUUUGCGAAGAUCAAGAAUAUCAAAGGAAAUUACAUCCGGAUGAUUGUCCCCUACAAGUUCAACACACGUGGUUAAGAGAUCUCAAUUUUCAUUUUCUGGUCAAAAGAAAUGCCGACUACAGGCGUUCAAAGAAUUCGUGGUCUUCGUCGGAACCAUCAAAUUUACCAUCAUCAUCAUCAUCAUCAUCAUCGUCAUGUACGAGAAACGAGGCAAGAUCAUCAUUAUCAUCAUCGUCGAGCGUUUGUUCGAGUAGGAGUUCGAGUUCUGGAGAAGAAAGGACGACGUCCAUGAGAUACAGUUGUUAUUCGGAAUACGACAAUUAUUUUUACAUAUAA